AUGGUCUCCCUCAAGAACGUCGUCCUCGCAACUUUCGCCGGCUCUGCACUAGCUUGCGUCGAUUUCGUCGCAAGCAUCAACAACUUCCAAUAUGCCACUAUCACGCUCACAGACAAUGGUCAAAAGGUUUGCAGCGUGAACGGAUACGGCGACGUUAAUGGCUGGCGUCUGAACUGCCGCUCUGGAUACUCAGCAUACAUGCGCUUCCGUGAUGAUGUUGUGGAGUACUCUGCGCCGCAUGGCUCGUGGACAUUUGCGACAAAGUGCGAGUACAUGGCUGCACCUGGCGCUGGAGCUGCUGGUAUCAAUGUUUGCACUGCUAGAGUAUUUGGCUGUUAA